GGUAGUUUGAAGGCAUCCAACCACUAGUAGUACUCGCCAGUCUCACCUACUUUUCUCUCAUCUCAGGCCGCACCUAUUCCUAUGGAUAACUUCACAACCACCUACCAGUAGAUCAGUACCAGGAACUGGGCACCUGAUACAUCGACGUAUAAAAACCUCCACAAUGGCUUUUCCUCCGAUCGUAACUGCGACGGUGCAGUCUGCUGUUCUGGCAGCUACAUCUAACCUGUUAGCACAAAGCUUGACGGCUUAUCAAAAUGAGACUUCUUUCGUCAUAGAUUGGAUCCCAGUCUUCCAGUUCGUCCUUUACGCAUUCAUCAACGUACCGCCUAAUUUCUUAUGGCAAGAAUCUCUAGAGUCCGCUUUUCCGGCUUACCACAUAUCUCCUACAUCGGCUACUGUGGCCUCCCCGGCUGCAAACGACAAAAAGGCACUUGAAGGGGAGAUCGAGGAAGGCAAAACAGUAGCUCAUAAGCUAAGUAUAGCUAAUACAGCUAUUAAGAUAAUACUGGACCAGACUGUUGGCGCCGUUGUCAACACCUUUCUCUUCAGCCUAUUCAUACAUUCUAUUCAGGAAGCUAUGGACCGCUCCCUCGAUACCCCACCCGGCCAAUCGGAUGAAAAUAUGCCAUACCUAUUAUCUCGAGGUGCUAUUGUCUACGGCAAGGUUAAUUGGUCUGGAGUGAUAGCGAGCAGCCGUUCUGAGUUCUAUCCGAUCCUCGUUGCUGGAUGGAAGCUAUGGCCAGUAGUGAGCCUGGUCAACUUCGCAUUCAUCAAGAGCAUCGAAGGUCGCAAUCUCGUUGGCAGCCUUGCUGGUGUUGGCUGGGGUGUCUACAUGAGCCUCGUCGCUGCCCGUUGAAGGGAUUUGUCGGCAACAUCGAUAUUUACGUUUCGGCUUAUACACACACCUAUCUACUCACCAUAAACUUGGUAUUAUGUUUGAAGUGAUAGUCCCAUCUUCGUGUUGGUUUUCAGACCAAUGGGCCUUGCGCAAUGUUUGACUUGCUAGACCCUUCCGGUGACCUGGGACUCUUCAAAGACCUUUUUAUCAUUCACUGAUGUUACCUAUAUAUCAAAUGGCUAAUAGUUUAUGAUUAAUGAACUAGGUACCUAUUGAAAGAA